CUGGUCUCUCUCUCUCUCUCUCUCUCUAGUCUCUCUUGUUCGUGAAUUUUUUAGGGAGAAGAUGUUGGAGGGCAAAGCAUUGAUAGAGGACACAGAUAUGCCAGUGAAGAUGCAGAUCCGAGCCAUGACUUCUGCUUAUCGAGCCCUCGAUCUCUAUGAUGUCUUUGACUGCAAAUCCAUAGCUGCCCACAUUAAAAAGGAAUUCGACAUGAUAUAUGGACCUGGAUGGCAAUGCGUUGUGGGUUCCAAUUUCGGUUGUUUCUUUACUCAUUCACAAGGGAAUUUCAUCUAUUUUACAUUGGAAACCCUCAAUUUCCUCAUUUUCAAAGGGUUCUCUGGUCCUCCUCAUCCUUCUCCUGUAUAUUAACAAACUUUAAAUAAAAUUCUCCAAUCACUGUAGUCCUCCCUUUCUGUUUCUUCAUACUUUGUUUUCUGGUGUAAAUGAUUGUAUCCCCAUGGAGAAGGAGAAAGGGUAAGGGAAGAAGAAAAGAGAGUGAGAGCGCAAGAGAAGAUAAAAGGAAAAAUCCUAAAACACCUAGUUGGGCUCUUUGGAUUCCUCUGCAUCUUUUGCUUAGAAGUUCUGAGACUUUAAAGCAGAACAUUUUUAGAGAUCCUUUGUUUUUUUUUUAUGUAAAUACUGAUAUGAUGCAAGUAGUGGUUAUAAUAUCUCUA